AUGUUACCUCCUUUCGACUAUUUUACCUACAGGCAAGCUCGCCAGCAGAAGCAGGCUGAGCGAGCUGCUCGAUUCUCUGGUCUACCCUUGACAUACUACAAACCCUUCGAUACAGGGGACAAGUUUCUGAUUGAUCAACCAAUUGAGAAGCUGGUGCAUGACGUUCAAAGCUCACUUACCAACCCGCUGGACAUUCUCCUCGCCUAUGGCAAGGUAGCUAUCAGGGCUCAGGAGCGUACAAACUGUAUCACGGAGCUAUUGAUUCCAGAAGCAGAGAAAUGGCUUAAAUCUGAGGUGAAUCUCAAGGGCCCUUUAGCUGGUAUUCCUGUUUCUGUCAAGGAUACAGUCAAUGUCAAAGGGUUUGAUUCUACUCUGGGCUAUUCGACCUUGGCAAACAAGCCACAUGCAGAGGAUGGGCCUAUGAUCCAGCUAUUAAAGGAUGCCGGAGCCGUUCCAUAUGCCAAGACUGCUCUGCCUACCACCCUGCUCUCAUUCGAGUCCGCUAGUGGACUCUGGGGUCCAUGUCUCAACCCCCACGUCCCUGGCUACUCACCUGGUGGUUCAACAGGUGGUGAAGGUGCCCUGCUGGCUCAGGGUGGCCGUAUUGGCAUUGGAUCUGACGUCGCUGGAUCGGUACGUGUGCCUGCCGCCUGGAGCGGGAUCUAUUCGCUCCGUUGUAGCACGAGUCGCUGGCCCAAGGCCGGUGUGAGCACUAGCAUGCCUGGUCAAGAGGGAAUUCCGAGUGUUUUCAGUCCCAUGGCUCGUACUCUGAAUGAUCUGACCUACUUCACCAAAGCGAUAAUUGGGAUGCAACCGUGGAAAUAUGACAAUACAGUCCACCCCAUCUCUUGGCGGGCUGAAUUGGAGACCGAGGCACAGAGCAAGCCUCUUCGUAUUGGUCUUCUGGCUAACGACGGCAUCGUUCCGCCAACCCCAGCCAUUGAACGGGCUCUUUCUACCACCGUCAGCGCCCUGACCGAGGCCGGCCACACAGUCACCCCGAUCCAUCCUCCCACUGAUGCUGGCUAUCUCACCGGCCUCAACCUGGCCUCGCUCCUUCUUAAUACCGAUGGCUGCCACCAUAUCAAUGUUCCCCUUCACAGCUUCGAGCCCUCCGAUCCUGGUGCUGACCAGAUGACUCGUCUCGCUCGCCUACCCCGACCCGUUCGCUGGCUCUACUAUCUUUACGUCCGCUACAUCAAGCGGGACCAUGUCCUAGCCACUUGCAUCCGCGACUUUGGCCCCAAGACCGCCGCGCAAACGUGGCCCUUGGUGGCGCAGCGUGAAGCCUUCCGAGCAACAUGGCACAAGUGGUGGAACGCCGAGCCCCAACAGUUUGAUUUUAUCCUCUGUCCCGCCAACGCUACCCCGGCUCUCCCGCACAAGGCGAUGCACGACGCUGUGUCUUCGUGCGGCUACACAUUCUUCUGGAAUUUGCUAGAUUACAGUGCGGGAGUGAUGCCAGUCGGUCACGUCGAUGCUACGCGCGAUUCUCUAGUCGGUCCUUACCGAUCGGUUUUGAAGCAGCUUGGUUGCGACAAUGCGAUUUCUCGUGGUGCGUGGAAGCAUUAUGACGCUACUCUGAUGCAAGGGCUUCCUACUGCGGUGCAGAUUGUUGGUCGUCGGUGGCAGGAAGAGCAGGUUCUUGGCUACAUGGCAGUAGUGGAGAAAGCGCUGGAUGAUUACAGCGACCCGAAGACUGGGGAGAGUUGCAAAUAUACCCUUUUGGAUAUUGAAUAUUGA